UCCAAAAUGGCGACGACUGUUUUGUUUUUUAGCGAUUGAUAGUUAAAAAGUAAGAUUUUCUGUCUCACGUGAUCGCCAUCGAUGUAGGAGUUUUACACUCGAGUAAAAUAAAGAUUGUCCAACGUUUGAGUUGACAAGAAUGAGUAUGCGUCAGUUACAAGAUCCACAAGAUGAUGAUUGGAUUGAAGAUGAAAUUCAACGACAGCUUGAUGAGUUAGAACUGCCCGGAAAUUUGAAUGAUGACAAUGAUAUUGAGGAAGAGGAGGAUCUUGAUGAAGAUGAGGAGGAGGAGGAGAAAGAUGAUUAUGAUGAGAUUCCUGAUUCUGUCACUGCCUACCUUGAACGAGUGCAAAGUAGAUCUGAAGGAGUCAUGAAAGAGAUUGAUGAUUGUACAGCUAUCUUAAAAAAAGUGGAAGACAAAUGUAAAUUUGUGGAUGCCAGAGAUCAGCCAGUAUCAAAAGCAAUUGAAGAAAUUGCGUUUACUAUCGGGGAGGAUCCUGAGUUGCUGUAUGAUAGAGUGAUGGAAGAAAUUGAGAAAGAGGAGGAGAAAGAUGAAAUGGAUGAAAAUGGAAAUGGCGAAAUUGAGGAUGCACAGGAAACAUUUUUGACGGUUGAUGACACAAAUGAAACACCAUCUCAACUGAAAGGUGCUACUGCACUGGUAAAUGGAGAAGUAACAGAUAAAAAAAUGUGGACUGUAGCAGUUGUAACAGAAAGUGCAAUGAUGGAACGAGAAGCCAGAGAGAAGCUGAAAGAACUGAUGCAGAAACAGAGAGAGAAAGAUGAAAGAAGACAGAUGGAAUACGAGUUGCAAAAAGAUGAGAUGGAAAAACAAGAUCAAAGAAUCAGUAGAAUCAGACGAGAGAAGUUUCAAGAAUAUGACAACGAGCAGAAAGAAAUGAAACAAAAACUUCUUGAAGAAGAAAAUAAAAUUGAAAAAGAAUUUGAAGAAGACACAAAGAGAAUGGAAGUGAUGUUGAGUGAAUAUAAGGCUAACAUAGACGAAUUAGAUCAGAAGACACACAAAGAAAAAGAAGAACUUGAAAUUCAACUCCAAAAACAGAGAAAGGAAACAAAUGACAAGAUAAUUAGAGCUGCUGUGAAAAUCCAAGCCACAUACCGUUCCUAUCGGGUAAGAAAACCGUACAUCAAUAAAUUGAAAAAGAGGAGAGAGGAAAGAAAGACAAAAGUAGAGAUGGAACGACAAGUGGAAAUACUUGAAAACAGAAGGAAAGAAGAGCAGAAAAGAAAAAAGGAGUUAGCCAUCAAAAAGAAAAAGGAGGAAGAUGAGAAAAGGAAGAAAGAAGAGGAAGAGCAGAGAAAGUUGGAGGAGGAGAGGAGAAAAAGAGAAGAAAAGGAGAAGGAACGCAUAAAGGAAGAAGAGAGGAAACAGAAAGAGGAAGAGGAAAGGAGGAGGAAAGUGGAGGAGGAAAGGAAAAGGCAAGAGGCAGAAAAAGAAAUGAAGGAAAAGGAAGAACAAAAGAAAAGGGAAGAGGAAGAGAGAAUACAGCAAGAGAACGAAAGGUUGAGGAAAGAGGUGGAAGCCAAACAUCUGGCUGAAAUAGAAAAGAAAAGGAUGGAAGAUGAGAAAAUGAAGAUACAAGAACAGAAGAGUAAAGAAGAAGAAAGGAAAAAGAAUGCAAAAGAUGAUAAAGAGGAAAAAGAGAGGCGACUUAGAGAACAACUGGAAAAGGAACAACACAUGAAUAGCAAAAAAAAGGAUGACAUUGAGCUUAAAGCUGAAAAAAUUUUAGGGAAAAUUCAGGACCAAAUUGGAAGUACUGAUGCAAAGCUGAUGGAGGCUGGGACAGUUAAUAGAAAAAGUGCAUCUGUGCAUCAGAAUAUUUUGGAAACAAGGUCUGACACUGAAGACCUAGGUGCCAGGAAUAAACCAAAUAAUGAUAAAAAGGAAAAGGAUAAAACUUUUGUUCUAUCAAGGACUAGUAAGGAAGUAGAUUCAUUAACAAACAAUGUUGAACUAGAGGAGAACUCUGCAUCCAAUGUUACCAUGUUUGAUAUGCUGCCCCAACACUUGGAAAGUCAAAGGUUGCAAUGGAUGGAAAAUUGCAUUCCUUGGAGUAAAGUGAUCAGUGAGUCUAAGAGCAAGUCUAGGAGGCAUGUACCAGUGAGGGGAGGAAAAAGACCAAUGUCUGCAAAGAAUUUACCAGAGUUAUCUGAGGACGAGAUACUGCAAGCAUCGUCACCUCAUACGCAUUUACAAGAUGUGAUUACUGUUCAAGUUCAUGGUUUGAAUGGCUGCAAUAUGUGUAGCUUACAACACUGUCCAUUAGUUAGAUCAAUUUCACUUGUACAGUGUGGUAUUGUGUCAACUGAUGGUAUGAACAGUUGUAAAGAAUUGCAACAUUUGAAUUUACAGCAUAAUAAAGUUGAGUGUUUGAAUUGCCAAGAUUUACAAAAACUACAAGAAGUUCAGAUGUCAAAUAACUGCCUUAGUAGUAUUCAUGGAUUAGAUGGAUGCCUUGAUCUUAGAGUUGCUGACUUCUCAAAUAAUAGAAUAACUAGAAUUGGUGGAUUAGAUUCCUGUAGUAAACUUACCAGACUGUUACUGGAUCACAAUCAGCUGAUCAGCACCAGGGGUAUGAAUUGUACACCAUCCGUUCAUAUAUUGGAUUUGUCUCAUAAUCACCUCAACAAUGUACAGGAAUUGGAAAAAUGCUGCCUUUUGAAGACUUUGAAUUUAACAGGAAAUAAUCUACAAGAGCCUCCUCUUUUAAAGAACCAUGUGUUGUUACGGCAAUUAUUUUUAGAUGACAAUAGUUUAAGUUCAUUAGAAAACCUCUCCAAGGCAUGGUUGCCAUUACUGGAACACCUAUCAGUCAGUCAAAACAGUUUAACUACAAUUCCGUCCCUUUCCAACUGUUUACUGUUAAAAAGACUGGACAUCAGCCAUAACUGUAUAGAUGAUGUUGCUAGCGUCACGUCGGGUAUCAGUGAAUGUUACAGAUUGCAAGAUUUAGUGGUUCAAGGUAACCCGGUUACAGAAGAAACUAAAUACAGAUCAGUCAUCGUAUCUCAGUUACCAUGGUUACAGAGGCUUGACUCCGAAGACUUGAAUCCUAAAUCAUCAGCCGACCAGUUUCGAUUAUUAUCAAGCUUUGAAGCCAUGUGUCAUUCCCAAGUUAAAUUACAAGAUAACCUUCAAACAAAACACAGAAAGCAGAUACAGGAAGCCAGGCAGAGACACCAAGGGAAUAUGAACAGAAUACUUGAUUUGAAAUCACAGCAUUUCAAUGAAGUGUAUGAGUUAGCUGUUCAACACAGAUACACACACGAGUAUGGGGAACUCGCUGUGGAUAGCACCAUGGCUGACUCAUCAGAAGAGCUUUACACAAGUACUACCAAGAAUAAACCAGAUAAGCAGGUGACAUUCACUGUGACGGCUGACAUGGUUGGAAAGAAAAUGGAGCAUGAUGGUGAAGAGCAGUUCCAUGUUGCGGCAACCAAGAUCCAAGCAGCAUGGCGAGGUUACUGUGUUCGCAGUGAGAUUGACAUACACAUGCAAAAAUGGUUUGCAGCAACAGUGAUACAGUCGUACUGGAGAGGGUGUCAAGUCAGAAAACAGCUAGCACAUCACCACAUUAUUAGAAAUCAGGAUGCUGCGCCAGUGUCAUCUUACCCAUCUAAUAGAGAACAGACGAUUACACACAUAAAUGUACAGAAUGCUAUGGCAAACCAGCUUAAUGAAUCACCAUUGGAAUACAUGGCUGCAACAACGAUACAGGCAUGGUGGAGAGGCUGCUACAUCAGACGUAGAAUUUCUGAAUUCAGGGGAACUGUUAGAUUUGAUGAAGACGAUGAUGUGUUAUUCGGAGAGGUUGAUCUGUCCUCCUUUGAAUUUAAUGAGGAAAACUUUGAUCAAGGCUGGGUUCCACCUGAGACUCCACGACUUCCUAUGAACCACCCUGUGCUCCCACCAACACCUCCAGUGCAACCACACCCUCCCAGGAAUGCCUGGAGGGGUGCUAACUCUCCUCUUGUUGACAACCGAGGAGGCCGGAUUACUCCCAUGGGCAGGCCCCCUUUACCUCCAGGUUCUAGCCUGAGUGGAGACACUGGAUUUUCACCCAGGACACAUGCUUCUAGUAAACAGGAUAAACUCAGUGAGGAAUGGGGUUUUAAGGAUUCUUCAACUGCAGAACUAAUGUUAAAACGGGCAAAGAAAAUGCAAAGGAAAAAGAAAAUAAUAGACCCUCAGAAGAAAUAUGAAUUAUUUAAGAAACUACAAGAAACCAACAAGAAUGUUCACCCUCCAGUUAGGAAGCAGGCAGGGAGGAAAGACUAUUUCAAAGCUAAACAACAAAUUCAAACUUUUAUAGAGACAGAAAAUCGCCAAGAGAAACAACACAAAAAAGAUAUGGUGUUUGAAUGGGUUCACACACAAGCUGGUCCUUACAGCAGUGAUGGAAGUACGUCCAGUCUCCGUCCACAUAGUGGCAAUGCUAAUACAACAAAUCCUGCAACUAAUAAUUUAACAGCAUUUGGCCGAUACGCAAGUGAGCCAAGCUUGCCAUGUAUAGAUCCCCAAGUAUUGGAAAGUGGACGUGUUCAGUUAGUGUCUAGUCCGAGUAUAGAACUACAGUCAGUGGGUGGUGAUACAAGCACAGUGGUUUCUUCCCAAGACAAUUCACGCAGACAUUCCUUCUCUUCACCAAUUGAUGAAAGAGUGCAAUUCCCACCACUGAAGACCAAUUCAGCUCCAACAUCACACACCAGGGCAAGGAUGGCUGUGACAGGACAUGAUGCAUGGGGUGCUGGAAGGAGAAAAAACAAACAUAAAUAAUUAAUUUGUAUUCUACAAUGAUUCCAUGAAGCAUAAGCUAGUCCACAUAUUGACAGAAUGUGGUCUGAGUCAGGAGCAC